UGUGCAGACGUAUAUAGCGGCGCUCCCUGCUCUUGCCCUGUCUCUAUCCUCUGGGAGGCGUGAUAGAGGGUGGUGGUGGUGGUGGGCGCAGCAGUGGAGGUGGCAGGCGCAGGCGGGGAUACCCUGGGGCAGGUGGUGAGGCGCGGCGCCCCGGCCACCGCCGCCAUGUACCGCAGGAUCCGCUCCUGGGUCAUUGACGACCACGAACAGCUUCUCUUCCGCACCUUCCCGCUCCUCAAGAAGGUGGAGAAUGUGCGCCUACUAGACAGGUUCAGCAACCGCAAGUCGACGGGGACGCUGUACCUCACCGCCACGCACCUCAUCUUCGUAGAUCCUGACGCCAAGAAGGAAACAUGGAUCCUGCACAUGCACAUCUCUGGGGUGGAGAAGCUGCCGCUAUCAACACAAGGCUCCCCGCUGCAGGUGCGCUGUAAGACCUUCCUCUCCGUCACCUUCGUCAUCCCUAAGGAGAGGGACUGUCACGACAUCUACACCUCCCUCCUCCAGCUCUCCCAGCCAGUGCACCUGGCGGACCUGUACUGCUUCCACUACACCGCCAGCAACGAUGAUAUAGACAAGCGCAGCGGCUGGGACCUCUACAACCCCGCGGCCGAGUACCACCGGAUGGGCGUCCCCUGCGAGGCUUGGUCUCCCACCACACUCAACCACAACUAUGAGAUCUGUGACACCUACCCCCAGGAGCUCUAUGUUCCUGCCUCAGCUCCCACUAAAGUCAUUCUCAGCAGCUCCAAGUUUCGCAGCAAGGGCCGCUUUCCAGUUCUUUCCUACCUCCAUAAGAACAAGGCAGCAUUGUGUCGGUCAUCACAGCCACUGUCAGGCUUCAGUGCUCGGUGUGAAGAAGAUGAAGAAUUGUUGGAUUGCAUCCUCGGGUCCAAUCCAAAUUCCUCAUAUAUGGUUGUUGUUGACACUAGACCAAAGAUUAAUGCCAUGGCCAACCGUGCGGCUGGCAAGGGGUAUGAGAAUGAAGCAUAUUAUGAAAAUAUAAAAUUCCACUUCUCAGGCAUUGAGAAUAUACAUGUAAUGAGAGCAUCUUUAGCCAAACUAAUUGAAACAUGCCAGCUUGUGACUCCUUCAAUGGGCGGGUUUAUUGGGGGCGUUGAGUCAUCAGGCUGGCUGAAGCAUGUGCGCUCAGUGUUGGAUACUGCUGCUUUCAUCACCAAUUCUAUGGUGGAAGGCAUAAGUGUUCUGGUACACUGUUCUGAUGGAUGGGACCGUACAGCACAAACAUCAGCAUUGGCUCAGCUGCUACUCGAUCCAUACUACCGUACCACACAAGGAUUCCAGAUAUUGAUUGAAAAGGAAUGGCUAGCAUUUGGUCACAAGUUUACAGAUCGUUGUGGACACAUCCAAGGGGACAGUAAAGAGGUAUCUCCUAUCUUCACCCAGUUUAUUGACUGUGUAUGGCAGCUGCAGCAGAUCCUGCCUUCAGCAUUUGAGUUUAAUGAGAGAUACCUGCUUGUCCUUCACGACCAUGUGUAUUCAUCCCAGUUUGGAACCUUCAUUGGUAACUGCCAGAAAGACAGAAUUGACCUAAGAUUAGCAGACAGAACAUACUCACUGUGGGGCUACUUGAGAUGCCACCAAAGUGAGCACAAGAAUCCUCUCUAUCGAAAAGAUUCUACUGCUGAUGUUCUGCGACUCAAUCUCUGUCCUCAAAGUGUCAGGUUUUGGAGAGGGAUGUACAACCGGUUUGAGAAUGGUAUUCACCCACGAGAGCCACUGGGAGAUGUGCUGGCUGCCACCACUGAGCAUACUCAAGCACUCAAUGACCAAGCUGAUUUCCUCACCAAGCGCAUCACAUGGCUUAAAAAUGAACUUGAGAGAAGAGGACAAAACGCAGUCAAGAAGGGUGCCGGCACUCAUUUUGACAACCGCAUUUUGGAUGAUGCAGAGCAGAAUGGCGAGGACAAGGUAGACAGUAUAGGCGUGCUGGGAAUGCGUGAAGUAGAAGAAUCUUUGGUGUCUGUAGGUGCUCUGACAGUCUCCAACUCGGCAGAGUCCAAUGUUACAUCAGAAAAGAUUGCCCCCGACUCCAACUUCAUCAACCCCUCACAUUUCAUACAUAGUGGCAAAUUGUUUAUGAACCAGUUGUUGUCAUACCAAGCCGAGCUGGCAGUCUCUCCAAACUUGUCUUCUGUGGCACUCGACUGGAAGACCUUCAGGAAUGUGCGAGAAUGUUCUUGUUCGACUCCCUUUGACCACUUCAGUCGCAAGCACCACUGCUGGAGGUGUGGAGAAGUGUUCUGCACUCGAUGCAUAGACAAGAAAGCCGCUCUCCCUGGUCACCUUAGUCAGCAGCCAGUACCUGUGUGCAGACCAUGCUAUAAGGAUGUUACACGCUCGAUUUCUGUUGAUACCCCAUAGACUGCAACGUAGGACCUCUUUUUCGGUGAUGUCGGGCAUCAGCCGAUUUAUACAUUGAUGUAAAUUGUUAUCCACCAAAUAUUUUGUAUUGUAGGAACAGAUGGGUUUUGCAGGGGACUAGACAAUUUUUGACUAAAUAAAUAUUGAGCUACCAAUAA